GCUGAAUGUCCCCGGUGACGUCAGCUGACUCUUGGCUGUACUAGGCGCUCCGGACACAGCGCUGCUGCUGCUGCUGCUGCUGCUGCUGUAAAAAUGCUGCUCUCUGUGCCGCCGAGGACAGGAAUCAACCCAUAUAACGGCUAUACUAGCAGAACCAGUAAAAAGCAGGCGUAUGCAUCCUCCACCCAGCAGAUGGCGCUGCCCAGUCCCAACACCACCACCACCAGCAGUAAUGGAAUCAACAGUGGUGGGGACCAGCUGAGCAAAACCAACCUGUACAUCCGUGGUCUCCAUCCAGAAACCACAGACCAAGACCUAGUCAAGCUCUGUCAACCCUAUGGAAAAAUAGUGUCUACUAAGGCCAUUCUUGACAAGACCACCAACAAAUGUAAAGGCUAUGGCUUUGUGGAUUUCGACAACCCGGCCUCUGCACAGAAAGCGGUGACAGCACUAAAGGCCAGUGGAGUUCAGGCUCAGAUGGCAAAGCAACAAGAACAGGACCCCACCAAUCUGUACAUUUCCAAUCUGCCUCUGUCUCUGGACGAGCAGGAGUUAGAAAGCAUGCUCAAGCCCUUCAGCCAGGUCAUCUCCACACGCAUCUUACGUGACGCAAACGGCACCAGUCGUGGAGUUGGUUUUGCCAGGAUGGAAUCGACUGAAAAAUGUGAGGCCAUCAUUCAACAUUUCAAUGGCAAAUACAUCAAGACUCCUCCUGGAGUAGCAGUGCCUACAGAACCCUUGCUGUGUAAAUUUGCGGAUGGGGGGCAGAAGAAACGUCAGAAUCAGGGGAAAUAUCACCAGAAUGGGCGGCAGUGGCCGAGAGAGGGCGAGACUGGCGGGAUGACGCUAACAUAUGACCCUACUCCCGCUUUACAAAAUGGGUUUUACUCUCCCUCCUACAGCAUUGCUCCUAACAGAAUUAUUGCUCAGACUUCUAUCUCUCCCUACAUGCACUCACCUGUAUCCACCUACCAGGUACACAAUCCCUCCUGGAUACAUCACCAGUCUUACCUCAUGCAGCCCACAGGUACAGUCCUCACGCCCACAGUGGACCACACCAUGACCAUGCAGCCCACUGCCAUAAUAGGGCCUCUCACACAGCAGCUCAGCCAUCUAACCCUGGGCAGCACAGGCACGGUACGUCCCCCACAGAUGCCCACAGAGAAUUCAUUACAAACGUCUUGA